AUGGCGCUUAUGUACGGAAAGGAGAAGGAUGCAGAAUACGAGAUUGACAACUCCUCGCACCCUGGCUUCUGCUCCUUCUUUACAAAACUCCCAGCCAAAAGCCCCGACUCUGGGACCGUCCGUCUAUUCUACAGGAACGAGUACUACUCAGUACACGGCCCCGACGCACUCUACGUAGCCACCCAUGUCUUCCGCACCAACUCAGUCAUCAAGUACCUCGGCGGUCGUGCAGGCCUGCCUAGUGUCACCCUGAGCGAGAGUCUUGCGAAGACUUUCUUGAGAGACGCUUUAACGAGCAAGCAGCUCAAAGUGGAGAUAUGGGUUCCCGAAGCCGGCCAGGGAAAGAAAGCUACCAAGUUCGUGCUUGAUAAGGAGGCUUCUCCCGGUAACUUGUCGGCGGUCGAGGACCUGCUCUUCGUGAAUACAGAUAUUGUUUCUGCGCCCAUAGUCAUGGCUAUCAAGAUGGCUAGCGCCCCAGUGACCGCGGGGAGCAAUGCAGCUAAAACCAGAACGGUCGGGGUUGCAUACGCGGACAGCAGUACGCGCGAGCUCGGGGUCGCCGACUUCGUAGACAACGAUAUAUUCUCCAACACUGAGACUCUCAUCAUUCAACUCUCGGUGAAAGAAGCCAUCAUACCGACUGGGACAGCUUCUGGGACGACCGAGCGCGACUUCGAUCUGAAGAAACUCAAGGAGGUCCUGGACCGCUGUGGUGUAGUGAUAACGGAGCGAAAGCCAAGUGACUUCAUGACGAAAAGCAUCGCCGACGAUCUCCUUCGGUUGUUAAAUCCGAGUUCCACCCCAUCCUCUUCUAGCUCCGAUGCCACUGCGACAAUCCCCCAACUACAGCUCCCCUCAGCCCCAGCAGCACUGUCUGCUCUAGUCUCUUACCUCUCCCUCCUUUCCGAUACCUCCAAUCACGGUGCAUGGAGCAUACGCACACACGACCUAUCACAGUACAUGAGACUAGAUGCCAGCGCUCUGCGCGCACUCAACUUGACCGAAGCCCCAGGGAACAUCGGGUCCAACAAGAAUACGACUUUGUUCGGCUUGUUGAACAAGUGCAAGACGGCACAAGGGUCCAGACUUCUCGGAAGUUGGCUCAAGCAACCCCUUGUGAACCGCCAUGAGAUCCUCAAGCGACAGAGUCUUGUCGAAGCAUUCUUUGAUGACGCCAACUCCCGUCGAAUCCUCCAAGAUGACUACCUCAAGCUCAUGCCAGACAUGCACCGCAUUUGCAAGCGAUUCCAGAAAUCCGUCGCGUCGUUAGAGGACGUCGUCCGUGUAUACCAAGCCGUGCUGAAACUCGAGGGCCUCAUCAGCACGAUCGAGGGAAUGGACACAAGCUCCGAGGACCAGAAGGCGCUCCUCGAGGAAGCCUACCUCACUAAGUUCCGCGAAUACGACACCGCACUGAGCAAGUACUCGGAAAUGGUGCAGCAGACACUCGACCUCGAUGAGCUUGAACACCACAACUUCGUGAUCAAGCCCGACUAUGACGAUCGUCUACGUACGCUCGCGGACAAGCUCGGUGAGGUGCGCGACGGGCUGGACGCGGAACAUCGCAAGUCCGGGAAGGCGCUCGGGCUCGAGCUCGACAAGAAGCUGCACCUCGAGAACUCGCCGCAGUACGGGUAUUGCUUCCGGGUCACGAAAGCGGACGGGAAGGCGUUGACGGACGACAAGCGGAGGUGGCAGGAGCUCGGAACGCUAAAAAGCGGCAUCUUCUUCACAACAUCGACUCUGAAGGAGCUCUCGACGGAGUAUACUGAGCUCACGCAGCAGUACUCACGCACACAGAGCGGGCUCGUGAAGGAGGUGGUGAACAUUGCAUCGACCUACACGCCUAUAUUGGAGGCUUGGAACAACGUCAUCGCAUAUCUCGACGUCGUUAUCAGCCUUGCGCACGUUGCUGUCAAUGCUCCCGAGGCGUAUGUCAAGCCUGAGAUCCUAGAGAAGGGGUCUGGUAAUCUCGUCCUAAAGGAAGCCCGCCACCCGUGCCUCGAGGUGCAGGACGAUAUCAGCUUCAUUCCAAACGAUGUUGAGAUGAUCAAGGGUGAUAGCGAGUUCCAAAUCAUCACUGGUCCCAACAUGGGCGGAAAGAGCACAUACAUUCGCCAGGUCGGCGUCAUCGCGCUCAUGGCGCAAACAGGCAGCUUUGUCCCCUGCUCGGAGGCGCGCGUGCCGAUAUUCGACUCCAUUUUGUGCCGUGUUGGUGCAGGGGACAGCCAGCUGAAGGGUAUCUCGACGUUUAUGGCGGAGAUGCUGGAGACUGCGACCAUUCUGCGAUCCGCGUCCAAGGACUCGUUGAUCAUCAUCGACGAACUCGGAAGAGGGACGUCGACAUACGACGGAUUCGGCCUGGCAUGGGCCAUCUCUGAGCACAUCGCGUCCCAAAUACACGCAUUCUGCAUGUUCGCGACCCACUUCCACGAGUUGACCGCACUCGACCAAGAGAUCAAACAUGUUAAGAACCUUCACGUUGUCGCGCACGUUUCCGACGCGGACGCGGAGGGCCGCGAUCGCGAUAUCACGCUGCUGUACAAGGUCGAACCGGGCGUAUGCGACCAAAGUUUCGGUAUCCAUGUCGCGGAGCUCGCGAACUUCCCCGAAAGCGUCGUGAAGCUCGCACGACGGAAAGCCGACGAGCUCGAGGACUUCAACACAGACAAGGGCGAGCCCGAGCUCCCUGCAGAAGUCGUCGAGGAGGGCACGCAGAUCGUUGAGGAGCUGCUGCGCGCAUGGGCGGCGACACAGGGCGGACACGAUGGCGAAGACGUCGUGAUGGGCGACGAGGAGGCGUCCGAGGAGGCGCAGCUCGAGGAGCUGCGGCGCUGCGUGGAGAAGUUCCGCCCGAGGAUUGAGAGCAAUCCGUGGGUGCAGAGCGUGCUGGCGACGCUCUAG